CUCGCCUACACGUAGUCUACAACCUAUCCAAAAAUGCCAGGAGGAAUCAGAUAUUUGACGGCCAAACUCGCUCAGCAGAUUGACGAAGAGCUCAUGAGCGCAACUGGUGCAUUCAGCUUGGAUCAACUGAUGGAGCUCGCUGGGCUCGCCUGUGCUCAAGCGGUAUCAACAUGCUACAAGAAAGAGACGCACCCGCGCGUGCUUGUCUGCUGUGGGCCGGGAAACCAAGGUGGGGACGGUCUUGUGGCGGCGCGUCACCUGGGGAUGUUCGGUUACAAUCCUACCGUGUGGUAUCCGAAGCCGGGUUCUAAAGUGAUUUAUCAGCAUCUUCAAACUCAAUGCCGCAACAUGCACAUCCCGAUCCUCGCACCGUCUGCAGACGUCUCUCCGUUGCGCGACGCGCUCGCGCGCUCUGAUGUCGUGCUCGACGCCAUUUUUGGCUUCUCAUUCAAGCCGCCCGUGCGUGCGCCGUUCGACGACGCGCUGAAGCUCAUCACGGACUCGAAGCUGCCUAUUGUCUCUGUGGACAUUCCGUCCGGUUGGGAUGUCGAGAAGGGCAACGAGGCAGACGUAGGUCUGAACCCAGAUGUCCUAAUCAGUCUCACUGCGCCCAAGGAAGGCGCACGCAAGUUCCAAGGCAGACACUUCCUUGGCGGCCGGUUCGUGACCAAGGCCAUGGCAGAGAAGUUCAACUUGGACUUGCCGGAGUAUCCUGGAUUUGACCAGAUCGUCCAGCUGUCGCCUGGCGCGCCGGGAAAGCUCUAGGUUAAGCAGCACAAAGAAAGCAGCCACAAGAAUGUACAGUUUCGUGCAUCUAAACUUUCAC